AUGGCCACAAAGCUCCUCCAGGCAAACGUCAACCACUCCGCGGGGGCCCAGGACCUACUCCUACAAGCCCUCGCGGAGCGGAAUGGCGGUCUUGCGCUCGUGUCGGAGCCCCAUCACAUCCCUGAAAGAGACAGUAGAUGGCUGGGGCUCCGGCGCGAGCAUCCGGGCGCCGCGAUCUACUGGCGCCCGGGAGAGGAAUCUCCCCGCCCUAAGCUAAUCAGAGCGGAGAGAUAUAUCGUGGCGGCGAAGUGGGGCACAAUGAGGGUGGUCUUUGUGUAUGCCCCUCCACGCUCGAGAGAGUGGUCGAGGGCCCGCUUCGGGAGUUUCUUGGAGCAGGUGGGGCGCGUGCUGGAUGAAUGUGCGCCCCACCCAGUGAUAGUCGCCGGGGACUUCAACUCCCACGCCAGGGAGUGGGGUUCCCGGCGGACGGACCCCCGAGGCCAAGACCUCCUCGAGUGGGCGGCGACGAGGGGCCUGUUCCUCAUCAACACAGGCUCCGUGAGCACCUGUGUGCGCCCGCAGGGCGAGUCCAUCGUGGACCUGACCUUCGGCAAUCGCCCUGCGGUGCGCGCAGUGAGGGGAUGGAGGGAGGCAAUCGAAACGGACAUCAACUCCGACCAUCUGCUGAUCGAGAUGUCCGUGGUCGCCACCUCGAAGGAGGUGCUCUGUCGUCACCGGGAGGGGGCCGGAUCGAGGCCACCGCGCUGGGCACUCCGCCGCCUAGACGAGGACGCCCUCAAGGCGUCGGUCUCUCCGAGCCGCGCGGAGGCCAUAGUUAGGGCCAAGGCCCAGGCGUGGCAGCGGCUGCUUGAGGAGUUAGAUAGGGAUCCGUGGAGGCGCCCUUACAGAAUUGUCCUCGGACGUUUGACUUGGGCGCCCCCAGCCACGGACGAUCUGGACCCUCAGGCGCUUGAUAAUGUGGUGGGGACCCUCUUUCCCACGGCGGGGCCGGAGCCCCUGCCGUAUGAGGGCCCCCCGCCUGGAUGGAAGUCGCGCCUGGGGGUCACCGAGCCGGAGCUCGCAGCCGCUGCCAAAAGGCUCGGAGGCAAGUCCAAAGCCCCCGGGCCAGACGGAGUGCCGGGCAGGGUGUGGGCCUUGGCCCUGAAGGAGUUGAGUCCCCGCCUGAGGCGACUGUUCACGGACUGCCUCAGAGCGGGGGUCUUUCCCAGUCGGUGGAAAAGGGCCCGUCUGGUCCUCCUACCCAAGGAGGGCCGACCAGCGGAGGGCCCGUCCGCUUACAGGCCGAUCUGCCUGUUGGACGAGGUGGGCAAGCUUUUCGAGAGAGUAGAGGCGGCGAUGCGCUUUCACCGCUUCCCGCCCUACCUGGUCCAUAUCAUACGGGACUAUUUCCGAGAGAGGAAACUGGAGUUCAGCAACGCUGCUGGACUCCAAUGCGGACGGGCCAUGUACUGCGGGGUUCCACAGGGGUCGGUACUCGGACCCCUACUUUGGAACCUCGCGUAA